GUGGCAGCAGCAGCGCGCGCGACAGUGUAUUAUUAUUAUUAUUAUUAUUAUUAUUAUUAUUAUUAUUAUUACACACUGCGGUGAAGGACAUCAUCCAGAAAAACAAUCAGCCCCCAGGUGAAGGAGCGCGUUUUAUUCCUCCAGACUGAGUGGAUUUGGAAGAUGAGAUGAAGAUUUAUGGAAUAUUUCUUUACUUUUAAUUCUCUGGACUUUUUUUGUUGUUGAUUCAGCGACAUGAACUCCAGCAGCGGAUUAUCAGACCGAGAGCUCACAGCUCUCUCUUCCGUGUACGUCUCCUGUCUCAGCUUAAGUUUAAUUGGGAGCUGCUCUGUUUUCAUCGCAUCGAUUGUAAAGAGAAAAAAGCUCAAUGAACAGGCGAAGCCUCUGAUCCAGCUGGCUCUAGCGGACCUGCUGGCGUCUCUCUGCCUCUCCAUCACGGCUCUGCUGAACUUCCUGUCGGCCGGAGCGGUGCGGAGCAGUGAAGUGGUGUGCAGCGCAGGAUUAGCUCUGUCUCUGACGUUUUAUUACGUCUCUUUCCUCCUCCUCGUCGUUUAUGCCUGUGAGUCAGCACACAGCGUUCAGGGAUGGAGGGAGGAAGAUGAGAGAAGGUUCACACAUCAGGACAGCAGGCGGAGGAGGAGGCUGAUCGAUCUGCUGUACGUGCUUGUGUGGACGGUACCAGUGAUUGGAUACGUGAUCUACAUCGGGACUGUUUCUUUUCCUAUGAUGUCUCUAAUACCAUCACAUCAAGCCUCCAAUUAUAAACAAAGUGUUUGGCCCAAUGCUCGCUUCUGCAACAGUUGUAUUCUGUUCCUCCACCUGCACAUCGAUGAUAAUGAAGUCUGUUCCACUGUGGAUUUAAAACAUAUUAAGUAUAUCAAGAUUUUCACCUUUACAAGUGUGCUGUCUGUCCUCAUCUGCUGUACUUUGAUGUACUGGAGGCUCCAGGUCAAAUUGAGGCGUUAUGACCAGGGUGGUGCGAGGCGAGCAGAGAGGAUCUGGUCCUCGGCCAGGUACAUGAUCCUCGUCAUCGUCCUCUGCUGGACUCCGGCUCUUGUGCUGAUUGGUUUCUCGUUCGCUUGCUCUGAGACGGAGAGUUUGUUUCCUCUUUUCAUCAUACAGGCUGUGUCAGUCUCUCUACACGGUUUCCUCAACAGCAUCGUCUAUGCCUGGAGACGCCGUAACUUCCGAGAAGCCGUGCUCGGGGAGAGAAUGCCUCUGCUUUCCUACACACACCGAGCUUUCUUUGACCAAUCGCUGAGAAACGAUGCAGAGGAAACAGGAAGUGGAGAGAAUUAAAUUAAUAUCAGACAUCCAGAGACUAGUUACAUUCAUGAAGCACAAAUGAACUCACAAUGCAAGAAGCAGAGCACUUCUUAAUCAUACUGGAGGGAUCUGAUGAAAAUGACACUUUGGUGAUUUAUUACAUCUGCAUGAACUUUUGAGUCUCAAGGUGGCAAAACUUAUUUCAAAUUUGUGAUAGAUAUUGAAAUUACACACAUCGGAAUUCAGACUCGGACUUAAAUGAUCUCUUAGGAAGUGUAGAUUUCUUCAAUAAAGGAAAAGUUAUUUAAUAUUUCUCAUUAUGAGAUUGUUAUAUAACAAAUAGAAAACCAUUAAGCCCAUUUCUAGACAUAUUUACUAAUUAAAAACUCUUCUAACCCUAGAAAUAAACACCUGAAAUAAGUCAUACAUUAUACUUGUAAGUUAUCAGUGAUCUGCGAAUAGAAUAAGAUCAUUUAAAGCUUGAGUCGCACUAUAAUUGAGUAAAAAUAUCUAGAAAUAGGAUUAAUAAUGUGAUAUUUGUUUAAAAACAAAGAAAGAGAAAUAUUAGUUAAAUUUUGGCCAUGUUCAAGAUAUUUUUUGUUGCGUAGAGAUCAUUAUUUGCAGUGCAGCGAUAUUCAGAAGUAACACAUGGGGCGGAGUUUGUCUAAAACAGAGGCGUGUCUCAGUUACGCAUGAUUCUGACCUGAAGUUGAUAUUUCCUGUGUGAUAUCAGCUCGAGCGAUUAGCAGGAGUAAAGCAGGCGCAUAUGUGAAAAACUCCAACCUCAGAGGCGUGAACUACACGCAGGCGAUUUUAAUAACCUGAAUGUGGAGCUCAGAAACAGCCGCGUAACCCGACUCUGAAUACCAGCAACUUUCCCCGUGUAAAUACUGACGUAACUUUUGAACUGAAUUCGCCGACUCUGAUUACGGCUCUGAGGUGGAUACCGUGUGUGAAUGAAGUAUUUAAAGAUAACAGCAGACUGAGUUUGGCUGUAUACGUGUUAAAAAUAAAAUAUGAGGCACCUUUUUUUUUUGUAUUUUAUUUGGAAUGUUUUUAUCCCUCUGCUGCGUAAGUUAUAUUAAUGUUUUUGAUGUGUACAGAAUAAAUAACCUGAUAUUAAACUUUAACAUGCACAUUUGAUAGAUAGAUAGAUAGAUAGAUAGAUAGAUAGAUAGAUAGACAGAUAGAUAGAUAGAUAGAUAGAUAGAUAGAUAGAUAGAUAAAGGGCAUUUAUUAGCAAACAGGUAGGAGUAAGAUUAAAACAAAUGGAGUAUAUUUUCUAACAUAUAGUAAUGUUAUAUUUUUUCCUGCUCAUGCACGUGAACUUAUGUUAAUUUAAUUGUUUUAUCUGAAGUGUGUAUUAUAAAAACAGACAUAUGUGUGUGUUAUAUUUUUAUGCACUAAAACUCAAGGCACCUUUCACAUUUCAGGAAUUUUUUUUUUUGCAUUUCUAACAUGAAUGAUCCAUUCCGUGACUGAUAUGAUGUGAAUUGUUCUUUGGCUUUUAUUCUGUUAUGUAACAAUGACCCAGUGAAAUAUUUCAGCCUGAGCGAUAACACAGUUUCAUUCUGUACAGUUUCAGAACUGCCGUCUCACACACACACACACACACACACACACACACACACGAGUAAAUCAUUCAGUGAAAUCAUGUGCAUAUAUAUAUUACAGUCAUUGAAGAACUUUGUUUGCUCUGUGUGUGUGUGUGUGUGUGUGUGUGUGUGUGAUGUAUUUUAUAGUCUGAUCAUAGCCAGGUCAUGUGCUGUGCAAUAAUUCACAAGUACAGUACAGAAGGUGUGUAUUAUGGAACAAAAAGUUCCGACUGUGACGAAGGUGUGUCAUGGAGAAUUCUCUCCAGAGGUUGUGUGUGUAGAAAAUCUGUCAGUGUACAGACUAGUUUUAUCAUCAUAGAGAAUUUAAAAACUGUAUAAAAUAUCCUGGACAUAUUGAAAAGUGUUAAGCUGCUGAUUAUUCAUCGGUGACUACAGUGAACGUGAUCAGAGUUUGACAUCACUGUGAUGUUAGAUUUAGAGAAUUUACUAAAAUGUCUGUUUAUUCGUGUUGUAGUUCGGAAAGCUCUGAUGUCGCACAAAGACAGGUGAAUGUUAAAUUAAAGCAUUUACGCUAAAUAAA